GCUCAGUCAAGUUUUGCUAGUCGACGGAGGAACAGCAGUUUGUCCGUGCGCAGGCAACAGUACGACUAUCGACACGUUGUUUUUUUUAUUUGUGGAUAAUUCUACCGCAUUCUUUCGAGAUAAGGGACGUAUUUACACACGAAGAAGGUAAGCUGCAGUCUCCUUUUCACUGAGAACUUUGCUUUUAUGCAGCUUUGGUGCUUUUCUGACGCUCUUUGAGAGUACGAUCGACCUCAACGCCAUCUUAUAUAAAGAUACUUACUUUGACAACCAUUUUAAAUCGACCUCUUUUCGCUUAAAACACAUUUUAAGUCGAUUUGGGACCUAGCGGUGGAUGUAUUUGACCCGCGAUUUUAUCUGCGUAGAUGAUGGCUUUAGCUUAUCAGCGCGGUGAGGCUUGUUUGUGAUUUUUAUGAAUGGACGGGCCAUUUUUUCUUCUCCCCCCUCCCUAUGUGUUUCCACACGGGUCGAGUUUCACUUCAUUGAGAAAAACAAGGCAGGGAAGGGUGGGGGAAGGGCGGGGGGAGGAGUAUGAGGAGGGGGGCAGCAGGGGGGGAGUCGGAUGAUCUUCGUCCCCCACUUUUAUUCGACUAAAACGCAAAAGUUUGGCAGAAUUUUGCAAAUUUUAAACAACUAAGGCGACAUUCAAGUAGGUCUGACUUGUGCUGUGACCAAGUUUGGCAGUUUACCCAUCUUACAUCACCCUGACUGUAGAGCUAUAGUGAAAAUCAUAGUUUAACUUUGGUUGCUGCUGCAUGUGGUGAACUUUUGUGUCGAGCUUUUUUUGAAAUGAGCAGUUCGUAACCUCUUUCAGGCUCUGAUCAUUUGGUUUGGCUCUUUAAGUUUCAAACGGCUCAUUGUUUAUCUCUUCUUUUGCUUUCAGAAUACAGAAACCAGUUAUCAACUUUUGGUUGUUCUUUCUGACUAAAACUCCCAGAAGUAUUUUCUCACAAAGCUUUUUUCACUCCGAACAAACUGAAAAAUUUUAUGACGUUAAAGAAAAUAUUAUUUUCCCAUGGAUCAGUCACUUUGUAUUAUGAUUACGGAUGAAUUUAAGACAGUGCGUACCUUUCAGUCACUACAUUUUCUUUGCUUUUCAAAUGCUAAAAAGUAGGUUACGUUAAGAAUAAGUAUCGUGGUUAUCUAACAGCAACUACUCACCAGCAAAAAUUUAAUGCACUGAAUUUGUGUGCAUUAAUAUGCAAACUUGAAAGUUUUUGAGCUGAGUCCGUUGCAACCAGCAAACAUUAAUUUCAACAUGUGGGGCAUUUCAGGACUAAACUUUGUGUCCAAAUCUUAAAUCUUAAAAUUUUUUUAUAAUUCUAUGAGGGUGUUUUUUUGUUUAAGAGCACUUAAGCUUUAAUAUUUUUGCAAAAUUUUUAACCCUCUUCUGUUGACUGAUUCAAUACUUUAUUGUCCACAUGAGUGCAUGCAUGUUCAAUAAGGUCUAAUGUUGUAAUUGCUGUCUGUUCUGCGCGCCUGUAAUUACUGCCCAGCAGCUAUCCUGUAUUCGUCAUUCAUUAACAGCACAUAGAGGAGUGAGUCAUAUCGCAGGGAGAUGUUAGAAUAAGGAAAAGUGUUCAUGCCUUAUUGUCUGUGUGUCUGUGUGAUUUACUGCCUUUUGGAGUAAACUUUUCUCGCUCCUUCUGUUUCGAGUAAAAGACUCCAGUUCCUGCCAGCUCAAUCAGAAUCUAAUCAGCUCUGUGGUCAGCCUUUUUUCGAUCUUGUUUGGACAGCUUUAUGUCAUGCACGUCACAGACUUCAGGCAGACUCCUCAGUGUCACAUUUCUAUGUCUUUUACUCGAGAUCCUCAAGCUGAUUAUUGUGGAAACUAGUGCCCGCAGAUGGCCAGUGAGUGUGGCUUAUAUAACUGUAUUACAUGUGUUCCAUGAUGACGGUGUGUUGUUUACAUUGUGCUACUUUCCUCCCCCUCUGCAUGGCACGGAUAAAAGGCUGUUUGUUGGUUAAAUAAAGGACAGGAGGGAAGACUGUGGAGUUUUCACAGCAUCAGAAAAUGAUGCAGACGUGUCACAGUACAUCCCGUUACAACAGGGAUGAUACUAUGAAUCUAGGUUUCUUUUGAUUUUGUGCAAAACAAUAAAUUAGAGCUUUAAGUAAAGGUUUCAUGUGUUUGUUGUUGCCAAAUUGCUUAUUUUUGCUUGUUUGGAUCUAGCAGAUGUUAAAAUUCCUCCUGAAAAAGUCUGUAAAAUUAUCGAUUACAAGUAAAAUAUUUGGCGUAUGGUCUUAUCUCACGCAGGUAAUCGAUUCAUCCUGACAGAUUUGUUGUAGAUUAUCAAUUUUGUGGUUAUUAAUCCACAUUUCCUUCACUAAUCUUGUGUUUUCCAGUGACCCACAAAGUGACCCAGGCGCUGUCGCUUUAAAGCGAACACCUCCCCCUCCCCUUCAAAUAUCGGAGCCCCCCCAGUCACCCAGAUAACAUGGAUGGAUUCUACGACCAGCAAGUCCCUUUUAUGGUCCCACCCAGUGUAAGUGGACACAUGCCAGGCUCACACAUCACAUCACGUCACAUUAUCAUGAAGAGCUCUCACAGUGGAUGUGUUUACGUUUACGGCACAUGGAUGCAGUUAAACGUGACGUCUUCUGUUGAUGUUUCUGACUUAAGUUCUGCUUCUCCUCUUCAGCACAAGUCUCACGUGGAGGAACCGUCUCACAGCAGGCCCCUGAACGACAGGAAGAGGAAAUUUGUGGACACAGAGCUCGCCCAGGACACGGAAGGUACAAACGUUACACCUGCACUACAUGACAUGCAAACACUGAGUUUUAACGUUACAGUUACAUUGUUGGCUUAACAUAUUUCCCUUUUUGAUUUCCAGAACUUUUCCAAGAUCUCAGUCAGCUGCAAGAGAUCUGGAUUGCAGAAGGUGAGUUCUUAAUUUUAUUCAUGUCUGUGUUUUCAUUUCAGGCUUGCAGAAUAUUUUUAUAACAAUUUUAGUUGCAUAAAACUUAUCUGUUCUGUCGUAUAUGUACCAAUCUAAGAAAAUAAAGGAACACAUUUUUCAACAGCACAUCUAAAAGCCACAAUUUUAGAAGUUUUGUGAUUUUUUUUUACUAUUAAAUUACUAAAUUUUCAUGCAAUUACUCUGCAUUUUCAAAAUAAGUGCACACAGCUUUCAGAGAUUUUACCCCGUGUUUUGGAAAACAUUUCAUUUCUCUAAGUCCUCUUAUUUUCAGUGGCACACAGGAUGAAAAUAAGCAAGUUUUCAGAGUAAAAAUUAACCUGAUGGGAAUGUGAAAUAUUGCAAUUUUUCUCGUAGCCAGUAGAGCAGAAAGAUCAAAGUCCUCGACACGAGAAACAGCUGACCAAGUUCCCUAUUUUUUAAAGAACUUCUUACCAUGAAGUUUUAGUUUUGCUGCUGGUUUUUACAACAGAAGUGUCAAAAUUGUAGGAUUAAUUUUUAAAGUGUGUCCUUCUUGUGUGUCCUUACAGCCCAGGUGCCUGAUGACGAACAGUUUGUCCCAGAUUUCCAGUCAGAUAGCUGUAAGUAUCUGAUUUUUAUCCGUCUGUUAGAAGCUUCAGUGUCUUUAGCGAAUCUGCAACUUUUUCCUGUUACAAAGAGGACGUUUUCUGAAGGUUUUUUUAGGAGGUUCAGACAGUUUGCAGCACUGCAUGACAGAUUUUCUCUGUUAAGAAAACUGUGUGGGCUUCGUUCUCUGCUGCUUCCCCUGACUGAGACGUGCAGCUCACUGGUCUUUUAUUGAAAUUUCUCCAUCCUGCCGAGGACAAACACCAUCCUUCCUCUUCAAAAACACAGCUCUGGGAAACUCUGCCCUCCCCCUCGUCCUCCCUUCCCCUCCCUCCAUCCCUCCCUCCAUUUUGAGUUUAAUCAGCCGAUUGGCAUGGGGCAUCACAUGAGCCAAGCCUCUAAUCUGAUUUCACACUUUCCCGCACUCGGGCCCUGCUGCCGAAGUGGGCUAGAUUCCAGCGGAUGGGGCGGCUUCUGAGCUGCUUCACAUCCCCAAAAAAAGCUGCCCACACCCCUGUCUCCCCCAGAAAGUCCUCCACACGGCUGCCUGUUUAGCUCCGCACUCUGCCUUCGAGUCUGAAGCAGAGGGAUACAUCCGAAUUAUGCCCAAUGGAGCAUUUCGCGAUCCCCCCUCCUCCUCCCCUCUCUGACUUUCUGAGUUUAUGUUUUGGUCCGAUGCGUAGGAGGUGGAGACAGGGUGUGGUUGCUGCCUGUCUUUGUCAGCGCUGCUUUCAUAAAUCUUGGUUUCUGUGGCGCAGAAAGCUGCAAAGUGACCGCUGAGCUGCAGAGCUUUAACGUGUUAUUAAGUCAGAUGCAUUGACAUGUAUGUAUUCCUCAAAGAGGGUCAAACCAAGGUUGCGUAGGUUCAUACUCGAUGUAGUCAGCUCUCUGUAAGUGCUGCUGUGGCAUAGUAGUGACCUUGUAGGUGCGCUCUGAGUGUGUGUGUGUGUGUGUGCGUGCAUGUGUGUGGGAAAGAGAAGGAGUGAGUUUGGCUGUUGUUUCUGUUGCUAGGCUGCAGGCUGCUCGCUCUCACAAGUUGCCUAUUCACCGAAACUGAUUUCUGAUAUGAGCUCCAGUCAGUGGGACGUCACAUGGGUUUCACAGCUAAUGUACUGACCCUUUUUCAAACUGUGAUGUUUUGCUUCUUAUCAGAGGAGCAUUCCCACAUUCUAGAUAUACUUACCAUUGCUCCUGUUUGUUCAAUCACAUGACUGCUUCAGUGUUAGGAUAUGAAAUAGGAUAUAAAGUUCGAAUAAUAGCUGUUAUUUAAAUGGUUAGAUACUAGAUGCAGUUUUACAGAUUUGCAGCUCCAAAUUGUAGGAACAGCAACAGGAACAACCAUCCACCAAGUUUCCCUAAGCACAGUUAACUUGAUUGGAAAUGUUGACCUAGAGUUAAGAGUCUAGACACACUUUAUCUAGUUGGAUUGUGAAUUGAUGUUGGUUGUAAGGAAGUCUGUGCCAGGAACAAAGAGAACUUUUAUCUGUUUGUUUGUUUGCAGCAGAGGAAGAGCCAUGUCUGUGAAAACGGGGGGAAUAAUACAAUAGUGAUGAGUGGUUCAGGAGUGUAAAGUUGCAGGAACCUCAUAUUUAAUCUAAAAGAGUUUUGCAUCACUGAGAAGUAAAGUUAAGAUAUGUAACCGUCUCUUUAUCGGCACACGCCCCUGUAAAGAAGAAGAGUCUGCAUGUGGGGCUCUUGUUUGUUAGCCCAAAGAUGUCUAAUCUCCUUUAUUUACUCUCCUCCGUGUAAAGACUUUGAGUCCAGCCAUUAGGUUCCACAGGGUGCACACGAGAGCUCACGUGCCCAUUGUUAGCCCGGCUCAGGUCCAUCAGCACCACGGCUGAUUUAUUUGGCUCCCGCUCCUCUGCGCCCGGGGAUCUAGUUUCUGCUCAGCUAUUAUGUGGCGCCCCGGAAGCUGCAGCCAGUGUCUAAUGGUUACAGCACAAGAGAAGAAAAUCAUUCAUCGCCAUUAGAUUACAGCCACACUGAUUCAUGGGUAUUGGUAUUGGCCUGCCCUAAUGGGAAUCAGACGAGGAGUUUGAUAGCUUUUGUGUGCACAGAGCAGUUAGUAUCCUGCUACCUAGCAGUGGCAGAUAGAUGGUUGUUUUCAAAGUAAAGAGUCAGUCGUUAUUAGGGGGUGGAUUAUAAAUGGCAGCUAAGCGUCUCUGUCGGAGAUGUUGUCCAUACUUCCAUUUAUCCAUCACUUCAAAUGUGGUUUAGAGAGCUGCUGCACUUGGGUUUAUGGCUCCAAUCGGGGGAUAUCUGGAGUUAAUCUAACGCACUCUCUCGCUUGUGUCUGUUUCUGUAGUGAUGUUUCAUGGCCCGCCACCAGCCAAGAUCAAACGAGAGCUGACCCCCUCCAAAGAGCUCUCUCCCUGCCGCCAGGACCGGAGUCCCAUGCCCUACGGAGAGAAGUGCCUUUACAGCUACAGGUAUGUUGAGAGUGAUCACACUGAGAGUUUCACCUGCAGCCACGGGACGGCGUAUUGAUCAUCUUUCUCCUCCACAGUGCCUGUGACAGGAAGCCCACUCCAGGGUUCAAGCCAUUAACUCCCCCCUCGACACCCGUCUCUCCCUGCGGCCCCACCAGCACAGCAGUAACGCACCCCCUGAGCGAGCAGACCCCUCCCCCUCCUCACCCCCAUGCAGCCAACCAGAGCGCGGGGCCGCGUACAGUUCACGUACAGCAGCCUAUCACAGCGAGCAACGGCUCCGCCAACCAGCAGGCCCUCCCUGUCCACAGCCACACCCCGCCCUUCGCCGUGCCCUGCGCUCCCAUCAGCCAGGAUGCCAACACUUUCACACCUGAGCACAGGUGAGUGCUUAGACUACCCCUUUUUUUUUUCUUUGGUUCCUUGUUAAAUCUUUCUAAGAGGAGAUCUCAAACCGUAGUCCUUGGACAUCUUUCUUUUUUAUGAGAACCCUUGGCUACAGAGAUUGAAGAGGGAGGGCUGAAAUCUUAUUCUGGGAACUUGUCAGGCCAAUUUUUUAAGAUUUACACACAGGGGCCGGGAAACAACCGCCUUACAUUUGCACAGUUUUCUUGCAACUUGAAUUAAAACUUUGAGAAUUAAGGUCAUAAAACCCCAAAAUUUCAGCCAAAAGUGUAUAAGUGCUUGUAUUUUCUAUUAGUUUUUAAACGCUUUGUCAUUUUAAUAUGGUCCAGGGCUGUUCUGUUUGGCGCCCACCUAGGUAAAAUGAUCUGGAGAAGUUAUGAAAUAAGAUGUGAUUCUCUUUUGGGUCCGUGUAGCGCCAAUAAAUAAACUCAAAAGUUGGCGAAACCAAAGAGCACAUGAUUGCAGCAAUAAACGGAACAAGCAAGUCAUGGAAACUUGGAGUGAGCUGCAGUUACAUCGUCUCCCUUCUUUUCAGGUUCCAGAGGCAGAUGUCAGAGCCAUGUCUACCUUUCCCCCCAUCAGAGAGCCAAGGACGCCCCCAGUUCCUGCCCCAGCCUCCCAGCAGCAGCAACAGCAGUCUGCCCCGAGACAGCCGGCCACCGUACCACCGGCAGAUGUCCGAGCCGCUGGUAGCCGUGCCUCCUCCCCAGGGCUUCAAACAAGAGCUCAUCGACCCUCGAUACACCGAGCAGGGCGUCCCCAACAUGGGCCCGCCAGUUCCACCGCCGGGGCCUCCACGCCAGGCUGCUUUCCACCCCAUGGCCAUCAAGCAGGAGCCACGGGACUUCUGCUUUGAUUCUGGUGAGUGGCGGUAGAUGUUAGUGAAAUGAGUGCAAAAGUAGUGAAAUCAUCAAAGUUAGUCAUAUUAUCACUUAUUCGGAUUUGUUACCUUGGACUGCAGCAGUCCAGUUUUGAAAUUCCCGCCUGAGCGUGACUUUAGGGAAAUAGUUGCCAUGUGAAUUCGCUGAAUGAAGCUUUCUGCUUCUCCGGCAAGUCCAUGGCUAGCUGUGGGAAAGUAAUUGUGUAGGUUUGUGCGCAAGUCGAGUCACUGAAGGUGAGGAAUGUGCUUGUCCGUGUUUGUCCUGGGCACUAACACAUGCCUGUGAGUUUUAGCACGCAGCAGAGGCCUGAAGCACAGGUGCCCGUUUCACACACACACACUUUCCAAGCCUUAAGCUGCAUCAUUCCUCCAGAGUCACACCAGUAAAGUAAAAGUGGGUCUUUUAGCUCAGCCUAAGCCUCCAAGGGCAAAAAGUAAAUGGGUCACUCAUCCAGCCAGGUGCAGAGAGCCUCUUCAUUGAGCCUACCUGGAAUAGAUCUAGGCCAGUGUCUGCAGGGGACUUAGUGACCCGCAGCACGGCGAUUGAUCAGAAGAAGUCUUUCGGAGCACAAAAGGGACCAAAUGGUGCCCGUUCUCUCCAAAGAGCCUUGUCAAACAGUCCUGGCAGCCGCGGUUGUUUAUUCACGUGGUACAGAGCAAACAGCGCCGAGCAAAUGUCGGGGCAUUGUUUGAUCCCAACGCCCACACACACCCAGCUGUUGUCCCCUAGCUCUGAUGCACUAAACAUCCCUUUUUCCCCGAAACCGGGCGACUCUUUUUCAUCUUUUCUGCUCAAUUGCUCUUGCACUCUCUCAUUCCUUCUCUGCCUGGUGGGUGACCGGCUGGCCGGGCAGUGAUGUAAUGACAAAUCCUCUUAGCUUCUUAUGGCCCUUAAAUACCUACGUCACAGAAGACUAGCAUGUCUAGAUAGAUGGAUGGAAGAAGUGCGUGUUCGGCAUUCCAACAUGGAACAUGUCGUUACUGCUGCGUGGGUGGUCUGCAGAUGCUGAUGCAACCUCUUAUGUUGAUACAGACUGUAAAUAAAUCAUUACAUUAUCAGCACCGGAGAGAAGUUUCGCAUUUUCCUCCUCUGUGUCUCUGCAUGCUCUGCUACACGCAUGCUAAGAUUUGACAGUAACUUCCUGCAGACACUUUUAAGAAGAGGACAGGACUUGAGGAAACACUUGCUGCAGAUUGAUCUCUGGUUGUCUUAUCAGCAGACAGGAGACAGAAUAAUGUGUAUGUGUGUGUGUGUGAGGGGGCAGCGCUGCAGAGACACUGCAAACGGAAGACAGGCCUCGACCCUCAGGGGGGAGGACUGGUGUAACUCGAUUGUCAUUGAGAUUUAAAACAGCAGCCAUGGUGCUAAUCUUAUUUACAAGCAGGGUGGACAUGAGAGGGAUGCUGUGUGCUGUUCUCUGAUCUAAGCUCUGUGUGGGCGGGUUGGGAUCAGGCAUUUUUCAGCCCAGCUGUUUCAGCUGCGGAUAGAAACAGGCUUUCGGCUCGACCACUUGUGCCUUUACCUUCUAUUCAUAAGAAGGACUUAAACCUAUAAGUCCACAAUCCAGCUGGUAAUUUGGUUGGCUAAUAUGUUGGAUUAUACAGAUCUCUGAUAGACGUGAAGAGAUAAAUAGACAUUUUUUCCUUUUAGGAUCAAGUAAAGAAACAAUAACUACAAAUCUUUUAAGAUGGCAAACAAGAUAAGUGUUUUGACUUCUGCGCGGUAUUUGUAAUCUGUGACAUUUUCCCUUCUUGAGGCAGUAACAGUAACAGAAAGCCCACAUCAGCCUUCAGCUUCAACAGUCACACUCAGGCUAAGUUUCAAAGCCGUGUAUCUUUGCACAGAGUGGCAGCGAUCCAAAUAUAUCUGUCAGCUGCGAGGUGGAUUUUGAUGUAUUACACGUUUGAUAUGACAGCGAGGGCGUCUCUGGUCUAAAUUUACUCCCUCUUCUUCUUUGUUUACAGAAGUGCCUAACUGUCAGUCAUCGUUCGGGAGAGCGGGGAGCUUCUACCAAAAUAACCAUGAAAGUAAGUUCAGAUUAUCGUCUCCCUUUUUAUGUCCCAGGUGUUUGAGUUAUUGCAUCAGUGAAGUCCAUUUCUCUGUGACCCUGAGAGUUAUCGAGCCGCUGAAAGCCGGGCUCGCUGAUAGCUGGGUGGGAGAGUGGCAGUCAGCAGCGUUAAAGUGACAGCUCAAGGGGAAGUGAAUCCAUCAAUGGGCGCUGUGUAGCUGCAGCUGGCAGCGGCUCAGCACAAUACAAGCCUUCCACUCUUGGGAGGCUGCCCAGCUAUAUUGCUUUGCAUGCAGUUUGGAUCCCUGGGUGGAAACGUGGCCACUGGCCUUUAUGUUAGAAGAAAAGCCAAGUUCCCACGCUCUGUCUGCAUCGAAAUUUCCAUCCGGUAAACAUUUCUUCUUCUUCUUGUCCAUCGCAGGUUUCUCCUUCGACAGAGAUCAUCAGCUGUACUUCGACGACACCUGCGUGGUCCCCGAAAGAUUAGAAGGUGAGCUUGAAAAAACUAUAGAAAACAGUCAGCGGGUCAGUGUUUAAGUGCUUAAAUCUGUGGGCAGUGUCAGAGUCUUCAGCUUGCAGUGCAUAAUGAACAGCUAGUUCACUUCACAGUCGCCAUCUGGCAGGAAUUUCUCACCACACUGAGGCCGUCAUGGAGCACAGAUCUGACUGACACUUUUAUUUUUCUUUUUUUCUUUCCCCUUCUGCCUCAUUCUGUCUCUGUACUCAGUUCUGCUCAUGCACAACUAAAUUUUUGUCUUUUGGGCACCAUAAAACACAUAAAAAAAUGAGAAACAGAGCAGGGACAGGCUGGAAACUAGAUGUUAAAAUCAAGCCUGACUAAACUUAUUGGCAAAGACAAAGAAGACAAGGAUGAAAACUGCAAAUAAAAUCUAGAUUCAAUAGAAGUAGAUGAAAGGAAUUGUACAACAGUGGAGAACAUGUACUUCCCUCAAGUGCUAUUUUUUUAUUAAAAUAUGUCGACUUUAAAAAUGGUGCAUCUUUUAAAAAAAAAACCCCGAAGUAUGUUAUCUCAUAUAUUUCUAAAAAAUGUUAUAAAAGGUUAAAAAUUGAAAAAAAGUUAUCCAUCCAAAAAUAUUCAUAUGAUCAUUUUUGGCAUUAGGUAAUCCUAGAUUAAAUUAAGAAUAAAAGGUUAGAUUCAAAAUAAGAUUAUCCUCAGAGCAGAGUGGUCAGGAAGUUAAAUUGAGUUUUAUUUCACAUUCCACAGUUUGACAUAAAAAUUUUAACAGCACAGAAAAUAUUGUUACAACUUUACAGCUAUUUAAAUAAAACUCAUAACAAUUAUUCUCCCUGUUCUUUGUCUUGCAGGUAAAGUCAAACAGGAGCCCUCCGUGUACCGUGAUGGCCCUCCCUACCAGCGCCGCGGCUCCCUGCAGCUCUGGCAGUUUCUGGUCACUUUACUGGACGACCCGGCCAACGGUCACUUCAUCGCCUGGACCGGUCGCGGCAUGGAGUUCAAACUCAUCGAGCCCGAGGAGGUCAGUAUGAGCCGACAAAACCUGGAGUAAAAUCUACAAUCUGAUAGAAUUCCAAAUACAAGUUUGACUGCAAGUCUGCUUUGACUAUUUAUCAACAUGACAGCUAACAAAUAUUUGUGUUUCUUUCUUUUCUUUUCCUCAGGUCGCUCGUCGUUGGGGAAUCCAAAAGAACCGGCCGGCCAUGAACUAUGACAAGCUGAGCCGCUCACUGCGCUACUACUACGAGAAGGGCAUCAUGCAGAAGGUAAAGGCACGUUCACUCUUUUGUUUUCUCUUCCUCCACCUUCUCCCUCAGAAAGUUCUGUCCUAGGGAGAGACUUUAUUAGUCUGCAUUUAACGGUGUUUGAUUAGAGGCAUCUGGGAUUUCUCUGAUGUAGAUUUUAAUCACAGCCAGGGGCUGAAUAGUUGCAGGCCUGCCGAGUUUAUCUCUUCUUCUGUUGAAUAUUUGAUUCGGUUUCAUUCUGAUAUAACUCCCACAGGCUCAAGUAGAGGAAAUUUGGACAAAUCUUACAGGAGAGUUGGUGUAGUUUGACACUUGAGCCCCGUUUUCUGAAUAUUUUGAUAUAUUGGAGUAACUCCAGUGUGAAGAAUCUGCAACAUUAUCUCUAAACCCACCAAAAGUUCUUGUUUUUACCCUGAGAGUUUGGCAACAUUAGAAACAAAGGACCCCUGCUGUGAUAAACUUCUUGAAAAGGAUAAUAUACAGCAUUAAAAUUGCUCCUUUCAAAAGCUAUCAGACUUCACUUACACGCACAGUUAUUUUACCUCACAGGAGACAGAAGCAGCUGUUUUCUUCUUGCUGUAAUUUGUCACCGUCUUUGACUUAUUGUUUUAUUUUGCUGCUCAAAAAGGUUGAUUCAGAUCCAACAAAAUAUUUACCUGACAGGCAUGAACACAAGAAGACAAACCAAUUGAGGCAGAAAAAGAGAAAUGGCUCUGCUGUAGAAUCAGAUUUUUUGUCAGUGGACUGUUGUGCCUUUUAAAGAUUGUUCAUCUUACCUUCAUGUAAAGGUCUGUCUCCAGAGAGUUCCUUUUUAAAUGUUGUCAGAAACUUUCAAAAGACAUCCUCUGUUCCAUAAAUGGCUAAAAAAAGAAUGUUCAAUUGGUAUACUGUGAAGAAUUCAAAGGAUAAGACUGCAGACAUCACAGUCUAUUAAACAGCUCCUGAUAAAGACAGUUUAUGACCAUCAAAAUCAUCACUCACACCCUUAAGUAUGUUCAAUUGCAACAAAGGUACAGUGGCCCUGAAGGUCAACUGCACUAACACUCAUGAACAUAAAAAUUAUUUGAUUAAAUGGCACAAAAAUGUCAUCUAACGCAAUAACAGAAAAAGAAAUAUUUUUAAAACAAAUUACAAAAACAAUAUUUCUUGGUGCACAGAACCCUUCACAUGACCAUAACAUAAGACCAUUUCUAUGCAAAAAUAUUCAGUGUCUUGUGAAAACACAAAAAUAUAAACAAAUCACAAACUAAAAUUCAAAUUUCACAAAACAAGAAAAAAAAAACUUGAGAUGCAAAAACAUUUCACAGACCAAAAUAUUUUUUAAACAUUUUAAAACAUUUUACAAAAAUAUUUGAUUACACACAAACAUUUUGGAAAACAUCAAAAUACUUAAUUUAACACGUUUAAAUUUUUUAAUUAAUUGCAAAAAUAGCUCACAAAAAAAUAAAACAGUUUCAUAGAUUUAAAAAUAUUUUACAUUUUCCAAAAUGUAAAAACAAUCAUUAAAAUAUUUGGCAAAAUAGCAAAAAAAAUCUUUUGACACCCAAAAAAUUUAUUUAGUGCACAGGCAAUUAAAUUUCACAAUAAAUGGCAAGCAUUUCAUCCAACACAACCAAUUUUUUUUAAAUGACAUAAUGUGCCACUGAUGGUUAGAGGUUUAAGUCUGUAGCGGUCUUCAUAUGUUGUAUUAUACAACAUAUUUGUUUGAAACUGGGCUGAGUUAUUAAAGAUGUAUUUCUUUGUCUUCCCCUUCAGGUUGCUGGUGAGAGGUACGUCUACAAGUUUGUGUGCGACCCCGAGGCUCUCUUCUCCAUGGCCUUCCCUGACAACCAGAGGCCCAACCUGAAAGUGGACCCUGACAGCCUGCCUGGUCUGGACGACGACACCGUGCCCCUCACCCACUAUGACGACGCAGCUCCCUACCUGCUGGACGCCGCGGAGCAGUGCGUGGCAGGCCUGCCCUUUCCAGACGGCUAUGGCUACUAAAGAAAUCUGUCACAUGACACACAUUUCACAUGCAAAAACACUCCCUCUGACGCCCACUCUCUAAGAACCCAGAGCUGGACCUGCUGAGCUGCGUGGAUGGAAAAAACCUCGCACUCUUUGCUCCUUCAUGGUUCCCUCUCCUGCUCCCUGGAAAACCUUCAGAAAACUCUGUAAGCUCCCGAGCUGAUGCUGAACGAGGGGAAAAAACCUGCGACAGAAAGAAAGGGAGUGGUGGACUGGACUCUGUAGCUCCGCCCUGCUGAAGCAAGGGGCUCCUUACGCUACGAAGACCAAACAAAGCGAGGCCACGACUUUUAAAAAGAAAAAAAAAAGAACUGACAGCACGAGAUGUUACAUUUCUGAUUUUGUGACAAUCUGCUUUUCUUAAAAAACAAAACCAAGUGAAAUUCUUUAAAUUUAAAUUCUAUCAUUGCCUUUCGGGUCCCCCCUCCCUGCAUUUUCAUGUCAACACAUGUCCGAGAUCCGUUAAAGGGCUUUAAUUUGCAAAAACGGAUUCACUAAAGAACCACAGCAUACUCUGACACCACAGAUGAGUUUGUUUUCUGUAGAUAGGACUUCUUUUUCUUUCUGAAUAUGCCAGCUGUUCGUACUCUUUUGUUGAGACCCAGGACUCUCAGGUUUUCUGGGGCGUUGCUGUAUUUUCAGGCUAGUCGGUCGGGCUGCUCUCUCUCUCUCUCUCUCGUGUAAAUGUAAAUGUUACGUUCUUUAAUCGUACUGCCCGUGUAAGAGAUUGUAUCUGCUUCCCCUUUAGAGACUGCACCCCUGCGGUAUGAGUCUAUACAGUACACUCCUCUGUAUCAUGUCUGUUUCUCACUGCUGGGUCCUUUUUUAUUGACAUGAUUAGCACUCUGUUUUUAAAAGGGAUACAUGAGUACAUAUUUUCCCAUAAACGCCUAAGACGAUGUAUGAUAAAACUUCAUUUCGCUCCCUUUUUUUUUAUUGUAUUCCUGUCUGGGUGCUUCAUGUUUCCUUGGCAGUGUACUAGUUCCUCUGAUGCACCAGUAUGGCAGGAGCAUCAGGACGUUGCAUGCAAAAAAAACAGAAGGGUUUUUUGACAUUUUGACAACCUUCUUUUUGGACACCUUCUCUGCCAAUCACACGUUGUCAAUCGGAGACUUCUGCUUCUCUUUGCAUGGUGUAAGAGUCCACUAACAUAUCGCUUUACUGUCUUUGGACAAAGAAGAUAUUUGUGAUAUUCUCUGCAGUUUUAUUUUUGUGUUCUUUAUGUAUGUUUCUGAACCGGGGCAAAGACAAAACGUAUAUAAAAGUAUAUAUUUUUGCUAUAAGGCUGCAUUUGUUUUGAUUUUGAUGUAUAAGCUGUAUAGUUCUGGCUCUAAUAGACAUGUACCUUUUAAAAACCAAUCCUUAUGAUGCUACUCCUGCAGGCUGUUUCUUUAAGAGGCCUCUGUGUUUGGGUUUGGAUGAGAAGAUGUUGUUAUCUCGCCUGUACAAUGUGUGUGUGUAUGUGUGUGUGUAAAAUGCCAGAGUUCCAGCAAAGGCCAAAAAGAAGACACACGUUUUGUCAUGGGAUCCAGCUCAGGCACGGGGGAGUCUGCUCUGUAUAGGCUUCAGUCCCCUCCCCUCACAAUGUGUUUCUUACACUGCUGAGUUUAUGAUAAUCUGUACUGGGUACAAUAAACGGUCCUUUAUGCUUCACUGCCUGCAGUCCUGGU